GCACGUCAAUUUCCACUGAAACUCCCGUGGAAGAGAAGUGCAGUGAAACUGACCAAAUGGGAUCUUUACCGACACUCUGACUGGAACAAAAAAGGCCGUGGUAGUUGAGGAAUCGCACCGAGCUGGAGCUUUCGGGCUUGGAUUGGAUUCUCCUCUUGCUCCGGGACCGCUUGUGUAACUUUGUCUGCACGGUGAUCGACACUGUAUCGAGUGCGAAGUGUACAAAGUAUCGGGCGCCGAUUGUAACAAUGUUACCGAACGUUGCGACAGGCCGGGAGCCGCAGCAAGACAACCAGAUCCCUGAGCCGCUCCCCUGUCCCCCUCCAACCCCGAGAACCGGCGCCCAGACCAAGAGAAACGCCAUCACCGACGACUACAAGGUCACAGCGCAGGUUCUGGGACUUGGCAUCAAUGGCAAAGUUUUGGAAUGUUACAACAAGAAAACCGGCGAGAAAUUUGCCCUGAAGAUGCUGCAGGACUGUUCGAAGGCCCGGCGGGAGAUGGAUCUCCACUGGCGAGCGUCCGGCUGCAAUCACAUAGUCCGCAUUGUGGAUGUCUACGAGAACUUGUACCAGGGGAGGAAGUGCCUUCUUAUCGUCAUGGAAUGUAUGGAAGGAGGUGAACUCUUCAGCAGAAUCCAGGACAGAGGAGAUCAGGCGUUCACGGAGCGAGAGGCCUCUGAGAUCAUGAAGAGCAUUGGGGAGGCUGUCCUGCACCUGCACUCGGUGAACAUUGCUCAUCGAGAUGUGAAGCCAGAGAAUCUGUUGUACACCUCCAAACGACCCAACGCUGUACUAAAGCUAACAGAUUUCGGCUUUGCCAAAGAAACUACUAGCUAUAAUUCACUAGCCACUCCUUGCUACACCCCUUAUUAUGUGGCUCCAGAGGUUCUCGGUCCCGAGAAGUAUGACAAAUCCUGUGACAUGUGGUCGUUGGGUGUCAUCAUGUAUAUUCUGCUAUGUGGAUAUCCUCCAUUCUACUCCAACCAUGGACUGGCCAUCUCUCCUGGAAUGAAGAGACGAAUCCGAAUGGGACAGUAUGAGUUUCCAAAUCCAGAAUGGUCGGAAGUUUCGGAGGAAGCCAAGCAAUUGAUCAGACAUCUCCUGAAGACCGAGCCAACACAACGGAUGACCAUCAUGGAAUUCAUGAACCAUCCCUGGAUUAAUCAAUCGAAUCAGGUUCCACAGACACCUCUUCACACCAGCAGAGUCCUGAAGGAAGAGAAGGACCUAUGGGAGGAAGUGAAGCACAACCACAUGCUGCCUACAGUGUGGCGACCAGAAAUCCCCACAAUGUUCCUCGUCUCAGCCAUAAAUAACCAACCCUGUAUCCUGGGGUAUAUGUGUACGUGUCCAGUGGAUCGUUUUCCUGCAGGAGACUUCUGUGUCCCACUGUUGCCAGUCAGAGGAGGAAAUGACCAGUGCCUUGGCCACCAUGAGAGUUGACUACGAACAAAUUAAAAUCAAAAAAAUAGAGGAGUCUUGCAACCCGCUGCUGAUAAAAAGGAGAAAGAAGUUAACUGCGUCCACUGCAGCUGGACAUUGAGACUCAGCAACACACAGAGAAGUGGGACAGGGUGGGAUGGGCGCCACACUGUUAUUUUUAGAGAAUUCUUUUUAAAUGUCGCAUGAAGUUGAGGAGUUUUUAAUCAGUGGGCUUUUUGAAUUUUAUUUUUGAAUACUCUCUUUACCUCUCUCGAGUGGAGGUGAACAUUCUGCUGUGAGACACAGUGGGGGUGAGGACAUGAGGGGGGUGGUUUUUAAUGAGAUGUAAAAGGCCAGACGUGGGGUUUAGGGUUGGCGGUCAGCUGGUGAGUCCUGUGAAAAAGACUAGUCUGCUCUUUGAGCCGAGUAUUUGUCAUUCGGUGUAAAGCAUGGUUGAGAGAAAUUUUCUUUGUGUCCAUUGAUUUCUGCAACUUAAGACAUAAGAACAUAAUUGGCUAUUCAGCCCAUCGAGUCUGAUCCACCAUUCCAUCAUGGCUGAUUUAUCUUUCUUCUCAGCCCCUUUCUUUGCCUUCUCCCUGUAACCUUUGACGCCCUGACUAUCAACUUCUGCUUUAAAUAUACCCAGUGACCUGGCCUCCACAGCCAUCUGUGGCAAUGAAUUCCACAGAUUCACUACCCUCUACCUAAAGCAAUUCCUCCUCACCUCUGUUCUAAAUGGAUGCCCUUGUAUUCAGCUGCUGUGACCUCUGGUCCUAGACUCUAGGUCCUACACUAUUGGAAACAGCCUCUCUAUAUCCACUUUUUCUCAGCCUUUCAGUAUUCAAGCAGCAACUGUUCUCAAAUCUUUAUUCACUUACAUAGAACAUGGAAAUUUACAGCACAUGACAGGCCUGUCAGCCCACAAUGUUGUGCUGACCUUUCAGAUGCAUGGGAUUUGUGUUUUGUGAUUUUAGAAGUUUGAAGUCUUCACUAAAAUUGAACCUUUCUAAGAAUGCUGGAAACUUUUAUCGGAGAUGUACAUUGAUUUUUCUCUGGAAGUUUAUUCAAGUACACAAAGCUCAUGUAAGUGCCCCGGAACUGAACACAUUUACAGUAUUUUCCAGCUCGGAUUCAGAUUGGCUGUAUGAAGUUUAGCAAAAAAAAAGAAAAUGUCCGAUGAUCCAGAUGUGUCCAGUUGUGCGCAAUGGUCUGACUGAGCUGUGACUUUUCUUCUCACCCAAUCACCCCUAUAGGGGCAGAGGUCACUGACACUAGCUGGCCUCUGUCCUGGGCCAAUCUCUCAAGUUGUCCCCUGGCAUGGCCCAUCUUUGUCUCCCAGGGACGAGGUCUUUGGAGCUUCUGUAGCUCUGGGUUUUUACAGGGUGGGGUUGCUAGCCUUACGCAGUUGGGCUUGGGACCUUCCAGGGUGGAGCUGAAACCAUGACUGUGUUGUAAACAUGAGAGACUCUGCUGGAAAUCCAGAGUAACAUUGCAAGACUCUGAAUGACUCAACGGGUCAGGCAACAUCAAAGGAGGGGGAUAAACAGCCAAUGUUUCGGGCUGAGACCCUUCUUCAGGACUGGGAAAGGGGAAGGAGGACAGCUAGAUAAUAGGUGAAGCCAGGUGAGUGGGAGAGGUAAAGGGCUGGAGAAGAAGGAAGCUGGCAGGAAGCUGGGAGAAAGGGGAGGAGGAGUGGCACCAGGGGGAGGCAAUAGGAGGGUUAGGAGGCCAGUGUUGGGGAAUGGAGGAAGGAAAGGGGGAAGGUACUGGAUGGAGAAAUCAAUAUUCAUGCCAUGAGGUUGGAGGCUACCCAGGAGGAAUAUGAAGUGUUGCUCCUCCACCCUGAGGGUGGCCUUAUCAUGGCAGAAGAGGACGCCAUGGACCAACAUGUUGAAAUGAGAAUGGGUUAGGAAUUAAAAUGGCCACCGGUAAAUUCCUCCUUUGGCCAUUGGACUAUGUUAGCUGUUUACUACUUGACUACACUACUGUCGAAUUCCUAAAUAGCACAAGUAGAGAAGCGGCCCUUAAGUUUCUUUGGGAUUAGGGUCCCAAUCCAACAUUGUCAUCACUCCUGUUAGCCGCCAGUAGACAUUUUUCUGUUCCUCACACCUCCCAGCAACCAACUAGUUCUCUCUACUUGAUAAGCACUUACAAAAAUGUCACACAAGAAGGACUGGACUAGAUUCAGGUUCAGAUUCACUUAUUUAUCACAUGUACAUCGAAACAUACUGUAAAGUGUGCCGUUUGCAUUGACAACCAACACAGCCUAAGGAGGUGCUGGGGGCAGCCCGCAAAUGCCACCACACAUUCCAGCACCGACCAAGAUGUUCAGCAAAGCAACACAAGGAGAAACAGCAAUACAACAAAUGUGAAACAAUCUCCCUUUCCUCCCUCCCUCCCACACAUAGACAGGUCUCCAACCCCAGAACAGGCCGCCUCCAGAGGGCUCGUGGACUUUGGGCCUCCGACUUCCCCAGUGGACUCUUAGACUCACAGAUUAAGCUGCAUUGUGCACUGCUAUGCAUUCAGAUAAAAGUCCAUUGAGGCUUACUGUAACUGCUGUAGCCUGCAAUGUUUCCCCUCUACUGUAAAUCUCACUCGCACGCCUUGAUCCUGGUAGCCACUGAGGCCCUCCGUUCAUUGGGGUCGACACGAUAUGCAAGCCAGGGCAGUACAAUAUAGAGAGCAAGCUAUUGCCCAAGUAGCAGGCUCUCCUCUCCUCACAACAGAUCCAUCCAAAGGAAUAGCAGAACCUGACACAGUUUGGCACCAGUGGCUUCGCAGGGGUUGCCUGUCAGCAUUGAAAUCAGUGCUUCAGGAACUCCAGCUCUUCCACGGGUUUUAGUCCCAGAGCCUUCCCCUAUGAGUGGAUAUAUCCACAGGUAGCAAAGGUUUGAGAUCAGAGUUUUCCUUCUCCUAGAUGAGCUGCCAACCACAGCUGACGAGCGACUGGUUUUAAGGUGCCAUUAAUGCACCUUUACCCCUUCUUCUGUCAGUAGAAACAGCUCUGCUGGGCUUAGUAGCUAAACCACACGUGAAGGCCUGGAGCUGGACUUGGUUGCCAGGGGCUGUUUGAGAGGCUCGCCGUUGGGAGAGUUGUGAGGUUGUGUGUGGCAGCCUCCGCUGGUUAUGGCAAACCUUAAGGAACCAGUGCUCGUGAUGGAACAUUCUGUUGUCACUGUAUUUCGAUGGACGUGUGUCUUUCGCAUCUUGUACUUUGGAAGAGACCUGGUCCUGCAGAAAGUGCCCGGAGAGUCUGCUGGGAAGGCAAACAAAAAAGCGAGAAUACAACUUAAAAGCAAAAUUCUAAUUUUGGUGGGAUAUGGCCCUUAGUUGCUGAUUUUCUAAAAAUACUUCGUAGUUUUAGCAGAUUUAAUCUUUGAGAUGGAAUACCAGUUAAAGUCUUAGUGAAUUGACUGAAGUAAAAAUAACUGUGGGAAGUUAUUUGCUAGUGAUGUGUAUUUUUGAGAUAGCAAACUAAGUAGUUUCUUUUUGCAGACUUUAUGAUUUUUUUUAAGAACAAAGGAACUUGUAUUGGCAGAAUAUUUUGGGCAGAGGUUUUCUGUCGUAUUGGAGACACACAGAGUUCAAGUUUAAUUGUCAUUCAACCAUACAGGAAUACAGCCAAACGAAACAGUGUUACACCGGGGCCAAGGUACAAAACACAAUACCAAAAGUCAUACAAAGCACAUAUAGCACAUAUAAGAAAACAGUAAAUGUACAGUCAUACACAGAACAAAAGUAUAUAAUAUAACCCAGGUCCUUGAGUGUCAUGUUCUGUAGGUUGUAGGCAGCACAGUAGUGUAGUCGUUAGCACAACCCUCUGCAGUACGGGCGACACAGGCGCAAUUCCCGCUGCUGCCUGUAAGGAGUUUGUAUGUUCUCCCCGUGACUGUGUGGGUUUCCUCCGGGUGCUCUGGUUUCCUCUCACGGUCCAAAGACAGUAGGUUAAUUGGUCAUUGUAAAUCGUUCCUGUGAUUAGGGUAGGGUUAAAUCCGGGGAUUACUUGGUGCUGCCGCUCGAAGGGCCGGAAGGGUCUGUUCCACACUGUGUCUCAAUUUUUUUUUAACUUGAUGGUCCUUGGGUAUUGUCAGCAGGAACAAGCCCGCAGCAGUCUGCAGAGGCUGGGACAUGGAGCAAGGUACAAACCGCUGGAGGAAUUUAGAGAGUCAGGCAGCAUCUGCGUCACAGUGCAGGGGCUUGAUCUGAAACUUCGGCCGUCACUCUGCCUCUACAGAUGCUGCUCAGCCUGCUGAGUUCCUCCAGUGGUUUGAGUAUCGCGGUAAGUGGAAAAUCUGGAUGAGUAUCAUCUCUGUGGUCUUGAUUCUGCAUCAUGACCCCACCUUAUUCUUGUAACUGCUCAAAGGGCAGGGCGGCAUUUAAAAAAAAACAUCCUUUUUGAAAUAUGUGGUUAGAUCAUAGAACAUUACAGCACAGUAGAGGCCCUUCAGCCCACAAUGUUGUGUUAAACUUUUAACCUACUCUAAGAUCAAUCUAGCCCUUCCCUCCCACAUAGCCAUCCGUUUUCCUAUUAUCCUUGUAUCUACCUAAUGUAUCUGCCUCUUCCACCACUCUGGCAGGAUGUUCCACACACUCACCACUCUCUGUGUAACAAAUCCUACCUCUGACAUCCCCUGAUACUUUCCUCCAAUCACCUUAAAAUUUUGCACCCUGGUAUGAGGCAUUCCUGCCCUGGGAGAAGGUCUCUGGCUGUCCACUUGAUCUGUGCCCCGCUAAUCUCACCUCUCAUCCUCUUGCACUCCAGAGAGAGAAGACCUAGCUCACUCAACCUGUCAACACACACAAAAUGCUGGAGGAACUCAGGAGGCCAGGAAGCAUCUAUGGAAAAGAAUAAACAACUGGUGUAUUGGGCCAAGGCCCUUCAUCACGACUGGAAAAAAGGAUCAAAAAGGUGGGGGAGGGAAGGAAGAAGUACAAGGUAGUAGGUGAUGGGUGAAACCGGGAGGGGGCAGAGGUGAGGUAAAGAACCUAUCCUCAUCAAAUAUGCCAACCCUGGCAGCAUCCUAGUAAAAGAAUUAGAAACAUCAUACCUCAUGAUAACAAGAAGGAGGCCUUUGGGCCCAUUGGGCUCAUGCUAUCUCCCAUCAAAGCCAUCCCAUGUCCCAUUUCUCCUCUCCUUACUGCCCUGUAUGUCAGAAAUAUGUUCUCCGUCACACUGGCCCACCAGCUCCCCCUGAUCGUAAUUAAGGGCUCAUUUACAGUUUCCAAUUAACCUACCAACCUACACGUCUUUGGGAUUUGGGAGGAAACCAGGGCAACCAGGGGAAACCCACAUAGUCACAAGCACCACCAAAGGCCAGUACUGAACUCAGGUGACUGGAGCCUAACCCAGGUGCCACCCUGUCUCCCACGCUAGAGCUGGGCAGCAAGACCCUAAUGUCUGCCACCCUUCUUCAGAAGCACUGACUCAUUUCAGUAAAAUAGCGCAAUAUAAAUAUUAAUAGAUUUGUUUUUAAUUACUCCACCGUUUAAAUGGUUCAUCACAGACUAGAUGGGCUGAAGGGCCUAUUUCUGUGCUGUACUUUUCUCUGACUUUAUUUGGCAUCCUGUUCUGGAUGCUACGACAAUGGUCAUUACCACCUCUGAAUCUGGAGAUAUUAAAACCUCAUAAACAUUUGUCAGUAUCUCAGUCCAUGAUGUUCAUGUGGUUUUGCCAGUCCGGUACCACAAGGCCCCAGUUAGUGAGGUGUUCUCCAGAAGACCUUGUGAAUGGCAGAAGGUGCUAUAUUCCCAUGGGAGGGGAUCACAGUUCCUUUCUAGAAGGUUGUUCCAAGUUCAAAGUAAAUUUAUUAUGUCACUAUGUACAACCCUGGGAUUCAUUGUCUUGUGAGCAUUCUCAAUAAAUCCAUUAUAGAAUAGAAAUAAUGCCUAAAACUGUUAUAACAGUAACAAUAUUCCAACAUAAUCAGUUAAACUCCAUCCACUUGCUAUCCACACUGCUGUUUACCAUGGAGUGAUGACUGUAGGCAAGUUCAUAAGACAUGGGAGCAGAUUUAGGCCAUUUGGGCCAUCGAGUCCAUCAUGGCUGAUUUAUUAUUCCUUUUAACCCCAUUCUCUUGCCUUCUCCACAUAACCUCUGACACCCCGACUAAUCAAGAACCAAUCAACCUCCAUUUUAAAUACAUCCAAUGACUUGGCUUCCACAACAGUCCAUGACAAAGAAUUCCACAGAUUCACCACCUUCUUGCUAAAGGGUUCCUCCUCAUCUCCCUUCUAAAGGAGCAUCCUUCUAUUGAUAACAUGCCGGCUGGUCCUAGUUGCUGUCACUAUGGGGAACAUCUUUUCCACAUCCUCUAGGUCUCGGCCUUCCAAUAUUCAGUGAGAUGCCCCUCAUUCAUCUAAACUCCAAGUACAACUCCAGAGUGAUCAAACACUCCUCAUACAUUAACACUUUCCUUCCCAGGAUCAUUUCUCGUGAGUACAAUUAUGUGAGGAGUGAGCCUCGUACCUUGCCCUUGGUUAGACCUCCAAAUCAGUACCCAGCAGACUGAUAUACAUUGACCACAGAAUUAAUCUUGCAAGUUGCCUUGAGUCAAAGAUGUAUUUACUUUUAAGCGAAGUUCACUGAUUUUUCUUGCAGCCACAUAGAACUAUGCACACAAUAUUCAGUAUGACAGGUAUGUUAAAAUUAGCUUUGAUUAAAAACUGUCCAUUUAUAGCCGUAUAUUACCUUAUAACCCAGCAUCUGAAAUCGAUCAUCAUCUCCAUCCGUUUAAGAAUACGGAUUUAGGAGUUUGCUACUUUUUUUUUAAACAAACUAGAGACAGUUUUUCGUAACAUGGUACCUCACCUUUAGAGACUUCAGCUACUCCAGAGUUUCAUGAGCUUCUGGCCUCGUGUAGACCUUGCAAAGAGCGAAAGCUGUAUCAGAGAGCAACUCACAUCCUUUCUGUUAAAGAACUGGAAUCUGCCAGGCAACAACUGAAACCAAAUACUAGAAAUUAGGACUGGGGAAAUAAACUCAGUGGCCACUUUAUUUGAUACCUCCCACACCUAAUAAAGUGGUCACCGAGUGUAUGUUCAUGGUCUUCUGCUGCUGUAGCCCAUCCACUUCAAGGUUUGCUGUUUUGUGCAUUUAGAGAUGCUCUUCUGCACACCACCGUUGUAACUAGUUAUUAUUUGCCUUACUGUCACCUUCCUGUCAGCUUGAGCCAGUCUGCCCAUUCUCUUCUGACCUCUCUCAUUAACAAGGCUUCCUUGUCCACGGAAUUGCUGCUCACCGAAUGUUUUUUGUUCUUCGCACCAUUUUCGGUAAACUCAAGAGACUGCUGGGCGUGAAAUUCCCAGGAGAUCAGCAGUUUCUGAGAUACUCAAACCACCCCAUCUGGCGCCAACAAUCAUUCCACAGUCAAAGUCACUUAGAUCACAUUUCUUCCCCAUUCUGAUGUUUAGACUGAACAACAACUGAACCUCCUGACCAUGUCUGCAUGCUUUUAUGCAUUGAGUUGCUGCCACGUGAUUGGCUGCUGAGAUAUUUGUAUUAACAAGCUGGUGUAUAGGUGUAUCUAUUGAAGUGGCCACUGAUUGGACAUUUGAGAUGUCCAGAAUGUGGAGAGGGAACACGAGGACUUGACAUUGAUCUAGUGAAACACCAGGGUAUUAAAUGAAGUUCGAGUUGCUUCCUAGAAAGUUAUCUGCCAGUGAGUGAUUCUUGAGAGCAGGUUGAGAUGUGAGGAGUUAGUCUUGCACCUUGUACUUAAUUAGACCUGAAUUACAUUGCCCACAAAAUAAAGUAAAGCCUUGAACCAAAUUAUCUAGCUAUAUAUUCCUCCUUCCACCUCACUGUGUCAGAAUCUUGUGUUCUUCUGUUUCUCUGUCCUACCACUCCGAUGAGGUAUUUUGUAACUUUUAAGUGUCAUAAUCUUUGUUAAGUCUCUUGACUACAUCUUUCUCCCUCCAGAAGAUGUACAUCUUUUCAGAGAUUAGUUGUAGAUGACCUAGGCCUAGCAACCUUUAAUGAGAUAGUUGAUGCGAUGGUGACAGGUAAUUCUGCUCCUGUCAAGACCAUGUCAGUCACAGUCUGUGAGAGGUGGAGGGAGAGCAGUCAGAAGGCUGGUCUAAACUUGAUGGGGCUGAGCUGUCCCUGGCAGUUUUUACGGGAAGUGUGAGCCAUGAUCAUCAACACAAGAUAUUCUGCAGAUGCUGGAAAUCCAGAGUAACUCGUACAAAAUGCUGGAGGAACUCAGCAGGUCAGGCAACUUCCGUGGAGGGGAAUAAACAGUCACUGUAUGGGGCCGAGACCUUUCAUAAGGACUAGAAAGGAAGGGGAAAGAAGCUUCCUUCUCCUCUCCCCUCCUUCUUCUGGAUUCCUCCCCUUGCUUUCCAGUUUUGAUGAAGGGUCUCAGCCCAAAGCAUUGAUUGUUUUAUCCUCUGCAUAAACGUGCUGAGUUUCUCCAGUAUUUUGAGUGUGUUGAGCCAUGCUUAUGCCCACUCUGACUGUGUGUGUGUGUGUGUGUGUGUGUCACAGCUAUUAAUUGAUAAAUUUCAGUGGUAUUGCUUAAGGUAGACUGCAGAUUUCAGUGAGGAGUGACCGAUUGCUGAGAUUGCCGGAGCAGCCCGAGGUGGAUCGAUUCAGGGUCAAGUAAGUCUAGUGUGAAUGAGCUGUGCUCGGUGGAAUAAAAGAUUAAAGAAUAGCUUUAUUAGUCAUAUGUACCUGUACAUCAAAAUCUAUGCUUGAUGCGUGUUUGCAUCAAAUCGGCGAGGACUGUGCUGGGUUGCCUGCAGGUGUCACUUCACUACUGGUGCCAACAUAGCAUGUCCACAGUUCACUAACCCUAACCUGUAUUUCAUAGAGCACCACAGCACAGCAACAGGCCCUUCAGCCCAUCUUGUCCAUACUGAACUAUUAUUCUGCCUAGUCCUAUUGACCUGCGCCUGAAGCAUAGCCCUGUGUACCCCUUCCUUCUCCUAUAUGUUGCAAUCAAACCUGCAUCCAUCGGUUCCUUUCUCACCACCCUCUGAGUGAAGAACUUCCCUCUCAUCGUUGGGAUGCAGGAGGAAACUGGAGCAUCCUGAGGUAACGGAGAAUGCACAAACUGUACAGACAUUGGUAGGAAUUGAACCCCAAUCCUACAGCCAGUGCAGUAAAAGCAUUUUGCUCACUGCUGUGCUACCGUGGAGAAGCAGUUCCCAGCUUUGAACCUUGAUGAUCAGUCGUCCUCCUGAGGACAUCCUCUGUUCAUUUCCUCUCCUCAAGUGUAGUAGAAACUUGUCCUCACUAAAGCCUCAUAUUAAUCAGGAAACUGAAGAGAGUACUGAGUGUGAAGCCUGCUGACUGGAGCUUACCAUGGCUUCCAGGAGAAUUUAGUGUAGGUAUCUGCGGUAAAUAGGUGCUGCCUUUCACAAAUAGAACUCCAGUAAAACUCCAGGAAACAAAGAAACCUCUCACAGCCCUGGAAACUUCAGCUAGGAUCCAUUCCUCUCCCUUCUUACAGUAUUCCUCAAUCUUGCCAAGGGAGGCAUUGCACAGAGUAAGUCUCAGGGUGGGACGCAGGGAGAGGCAAGGAUGUGGCGGUGACUUGUAAAGGAAAGGAUGCUGGAAAUUCCCCAGGAUUCCCUCCACUCUGAGAUAAUCUAGACCAAUGGUUCACCAAGCACAGUGGGAAUGAGUGAGAAUGCAGAGACCUAUAUCCAUUGAGUAAUUAGAAUGAAACAUCAUUGUCUCAAUGACUCACUUCAGUUUGCAUGCACUGAAACCCUCAUCCACACUUGUUCCCUUAGAAUUGAGGGUUCUGCACAUUUCCUGAUUCCAUUCUCUGUAAACCCAAGGUUGUCCAAAUCCCUGCCGACCUCUGACCCCACCUGCAUCACAUCCCAUUCUCCGCUGCUCCCUGGCCCUCACUGGCAACACCUCCAUUUUAAUCUUCUUGUAUUUACUUCAGAUCUCUUCGUGGUCUCAGCCUCUCUGUCUCUGAAAUCACCUUUGGCAUUCUUGGCAUUCUUCCAAAGGGUUGCAUCUGAUUCCACCAGCUACUCGGGCAGCGAGUUCCAGACGUCACCUCUCUGCAAGUAAAGACAAGACGUUCCCCACAAAACUCUUUUUAAAUCUCCUUUCUCUCGCCUUAAAACUAGACCCUCUUGUUUUCUGACAUAUUUACCAUGCCCUAGCUAAGCCCCUAAUAACUCUAUACCACUAUCAGAUCACCUGUCAACCGGCUCUCAUCAGGGGAAGACCAGCAUGACCCUAUCCAGUCUCUCCCCCCUAACUAACGCCUCUAAUCCAGGCAACAUCCUGGUGAAUCUCCUCUGCAGUCUAAACAGCACGACCAUAUCUACAUCCUUCCUAUAAUGCAGUGACCUGAUCUGUACGCAAUACUCCAAGUGCAGCCUAACCAGUAUUUUGUGAAGUUGACACAUAACCUCCUUAACCUUAACGUUCUGUAUCUUCGGUACUUACUUGGCCCUUCACUCCUCUGUGGAGCGUAGGCUGUUGACCUCGCGUCUCCAUCGUCCUCUGUAGUCAAUGGUAUGGUUGAAGUUCAUCAACACGUCUGCAAUCUAUUGCUUCCACUGUACGGGGGAUUGGUCUAGACAGCUUUACCAGAGCCCUGGUGGCCGGCCUUACCUGUUUCUACCUCCCACAACGGGGACGUAGGGUUGGACUUUGAGAGACUUACCUUAUGUAAUUUGACCUAUUAAGGCAAACGUGGCACCUGCCAUCUUCACCACCCUGUGUUGCGACUUUCAGGAGACUGAGCAUCCCCAAGUACCUCUGUUCAUCAUCAUUCAAUGACGCUCUGCCAAUUUCACUGUACAGGUCGUACAAGUAACGAUGUCCAAUGCUCUACUUCUUUCAUCUUGCAGUCCUCUCCCUUUAGUUCAGAUUUAGUUCAUCACGGUCAGCAAAUUGGGCCAAGGGGCCUGUUUCUGUGCUGUAUGACUAUGCCUCUUGUCUUUGAUUCGCUGUAUCCUUCCUCGCUGUCCACAAUGCUAACUUCAGUGCCAUCUGCUCACUUAAUGGAAUUUAACUGACUGUAGCUUCAGCUGUCUAGAGCACUAGCUAUAGCCUACCCUCCUGACCACCCCUGUCCCUCCUCAUCCACUUCCCCGUGCCUCAGAAGACCUACCUCUCUGACCUAGCUUUUGGGCACCCAUCCUUUAGAUUGGCGCCAAAUUAGUUUAGUUGCUCACGCUCCUGUCUAGUGCCAUUUGGAAACCGUUGUUGGGAUCCCAGAGAAGUCCAUUGAGAGGAGGAGUUAAUGGGAAUGUUUCAUAAAACAAAAGUUCAAAGUAAAUCUAUUAUUGAAGUACAUAUAUGUCACCAUAUACAACCUGAAAUUCAUUUUCUUGUGGGUAUUCCUAUUAAGUACAAUAACUAUAAUCGAGUCAGUUGAAAGACCACACGGACAGGGCAGACCUAUGAGCAAAAGACAUCAAACUGUGUAAAUAAAAGAAGAGAGAAACAAUAAUAAUAAAUAAAUAAGCAAUAAAUAUAGAGAACAUGUGGAAGAGUCAUUGAAAGUGAGUCCUUUGGUUGUGGGAACAUUUCAAUGAUGGAGCAAGUGAAGUUGAGUGAAGAUAUCCCCUUUGGUUCAGGGGCCUGAUGACUGAGGGGUAAUAACUGUUUCUGAAUCUGGUGGUGUGAGUCCUGAGGCUCCCAUACCUCCUUCCCGAUGGCAGCAGCGAGAAGAGAGCAUGACGGGUGUUAGGGUCCCAUUGAAGGAAUGGUUUUCCAAGAGUACCAGACCAGGCUGAGGAUAUGAAAAAUAAAUAAUUCUUCAUUUUAAGCAUUUGUUGCUUUAACAAAGCCAUGAAGUUGAAGUGGGAUUCUGGAGUGACAAGGCCCAAUUAGUUAGUACAGGAACAGCCUGCAUGCUCUGGUGGGUGGAUGGGUGGGUGUGUGUGUGUGUGUGUGUACUCUUGUCAGUGAUCAUGGCUUAAACAACACACUCAAAAUGCUGGAGGAACUCAGCAGGUCAGGCAGCAUCUAUGGAGAUGAAUAAACGAUCAAUGUUUUGGGCCAAGAUCCUUCAGGGCUGGAAAGGAAGGGGAAAGACAGAAUAAAAAUGUGGGGGCGGGGAAGGGAAAAGAGGACAACCUAGAAGGUGAUAAGUUGCAUGUUUGAAACCUGGAAUUUUGGCUCUUUGAGUUACAGUUCUGUAUAGCUGCUGUGGCACUAGUUACAAAGUCCAGUUUGUCUUCUGUUUGAAACGUCUCCUUGGAUUUUUCAUUCUCAGCCAUGUGAGAUGAUCUAAUCUUUGUUUAUUUGACUUCUGAGGGGUUGUGUUAUAUUCAGUGACCAUACCACAUUGUAAUCAAGAACACCAUUUCAGCAAUUAAAAAGUAUAUUUAUUCAAA